CGCAUCUAGCGUAGUCACAGCCCUGGAGGUUCCUUGUUUCUCACCUAAAGGGCAACUCACGUACUUCUUCGCGUUGAUUCUAACAUUCGAACAUUGAAACUUCACCAACCAUAAUCGCAUCACUUUUUAGGUACUUCACUUCUUUUUUUUUCUUACCUCUUUUUUUUCCUUGUCACAUCUCCUUCUUUCCACCACUCGUAACUCAAAUACCAAAUACCUUACAUACUACACGAAGAGCAUUCCAUCCUCUUCCGCUUCAAAACUUUCUAUCACCACAUCGCAUUCUCCAGCAAUCCGUCACUCUCAGUCUUCUGACCUCUAUCUUACGAACUGAUCUCAACCUCGAAAAGGCAAGCUUGACGCCUAGGACGCUCAAAUAAUAAAAACCGUCUCAUUCGUAAAUCACAUAUCACAUAUCAUCCAAAGAUGUCUGGAGAGAACGACAGCGGAAGCCCUGCCGCCGAGCGCCAGGAUGCACCUGCGGGUGGAAGCGAGCAUCUCAACAUCAAGGUCACGGAUAACAACAACGAAGUUUUCUUCAAGAUCAAGCGCUCGACCAAGCUCGAGAAGCUGAUGACGGCAUUCUGCGAACGCCAGGGCAAGAGCGUCGAAGCUGUCCGUUUUCUAUUCGAGGGACAGCGAGUGCAGAAGAGCGAUACGCCUGACUCGUUAGAGAUGGCCGAUGGCGACACCCUGGAAGUCCACCAGGAACAGGUAGGAGGAGCGUACCGCUGCUGAGACAACUAGCCCCAAUGCAGCUGGUUAAGUAACUAGUAUUACCUUGGACGCAGAAGCCAAUUUGACGUGUGGCUAAACGUGCGCCGAAAUGGAGUCGGGGGUUAUGAUACACCUGAAUUGAAAUCGGGUGACAGUGAAGGAAACAAGAGGCUACGGGACGAUUUCUCUCUCUUGCCUUCGAGGACCGAUACUUGGGGGUUCUCGCUAUAUCUUCUACCAUAAGCAGGAGGGCACUUGUCAUCUAGACUAUUGCGUUUGUGAAUCUUUCAGAAGUACUUUCUUCUAUUAAUCGAGGUGGGCGGCUGAUCUCGGAUUAGAACUCCUCUUAUCGCCGCAUCUCCGUCUCAUGUUUCUUCUUCCUGUUCUCCUUACUCUUCCUCCUGUGCAACAAAUGACUACCUACCUACCUAUGUGACUUGACUAGAUAUAGCCACCCGCCUACCUACGCUUCUCUUCCCCCCUUUUGAUCAUAUAAACUCAUCCCCAGCC